AUGGACGCCGACAUCAAAGCCGUUCUCCCAAACAUCGACCCCGUCAUCUCAGACUACUCUGUUGGCUACCUGACCCACGCAUCUACUGCUUGGUCCGACGAUGACGACUCGUCUGGGCUGUCGCCCCUGAACGAAGCCGCCGCCGCCGUCACCGAACUGCUGCUCUCCGCCUCGGGCGCCGUCGACGCCGCCGUCGAGGACAAGAUCAAGCAGCUGGUGGAGAAAUGGGUUGACAAGUAUACCACCGCCAACGGGGGGCAGCGCAACGGCCCCUUGACGGUCAGGAGGCUGGACCAGACGAUUCAAGUCAGCUCGCAGCGCAACAUGUCGUCCACUCUGGCCGUCGCGUCGGGCGGUGUCGACUUGGAGUCCGCCAAUGCGAGAAAGGUCGAGUCCAAGGUCGAUCGCAAGAAGCUUGAAAAGGCCGAGCGCAAGAUCGCUGCCAAGCAGCAGAAAAAGACGUUCAAGACGGUCGAGUACGAGGCGUCCAGGCUGCUCGAUCAGCCCGAGAACACGCAGUCGUAUGAGGAGUUUUACAUGGCCGUCAACCCGCUUCAGUUGGGCGGCUCCGGAGCCAGUAAAACGAAGGACAUCAAACUCGACAGUAUCGAUGUUUCCAUCGGCGGUCUACGCAUCCUCACAGAUACCUGUCUCACACUCGCAUACGGUCACCGAUACGGUCUGGUCGGCAACAACGGUAUUGGCAAGUCGACGUUGCUGCGGGCGUUGUCGAGGAGAGAUGUCGCCAUCCCAACUCACAUAUCGAUUCUACACGUCGAGCAAGAGAUCACAGGUGACGAUACGCCGGCUCUGCAAGCCGUCCUGGACGCAGACGUUUGGCGCAAGGUUCUCCUCAAAGAGCAAGAAGAACUCACAGCCAGCCUGGCCGACCUGGAAGCCCGGCGAGCUCCCCUUGCCGACACUUCGACCGAUGCUGCCAAGCUCGACCAAGAAAAGGAGGCCAAAGACGGCAAGCUGGGCGACAUUCAGGCCAAGCUGGCCGAAAUGGAGUCAGACAAGGCCGAGUCCCGGGCGGCCAGCAUCCUCGCCGGUCUUGGCUUCUCGGCCGAACGCCAACAAGACGCAACCAAGACCUUUUCCGGCGGUUGGAGAAUGCGACUCGCGCUCGCGCGUGCCCUGUUCUGCGAGCCCGAUCUCCUGCUACUCGACGAACCGUCCAACAUGUUGGACGUUCCUUCAAUCACCUUCCUCUCCGGAUACCUGCAAAGCUACCCGAGUACUGUCCUCGUCGUCUCCCACGACAGAGCCUUCCUCAACGAAGUGGCGACAGACAUCAUCCACCAGCACUCGGAACGGCUCGACUACUACCGUGGAGCCAAUUUUGACUCGUUCUAUGCGACUCGCGAGGAGCGCAAGAAGGUUGCCAAGAAGGAGUACGAGAACCAGAUGGCCCAGCGAGCCCACCUGCAGGCUUUCAUCGACAAGUUCCGGUACAACGCGGCCAAGUCGUCUGAAGCCCAGUCACGCAUCAAGAAGCUGGAGAAGAUGCCCGUGCUGGAGCCGCCAGAGUCAGAGUACAACGUCAAGUUCCGCUUUCCCGAUGUGGAGAAGCUGUCGCCGCCCAUCAUUCAGAUGUCCGAGGUGGCGUUUGGUUACUCCAAGGACAAGCCAUUAUUGAGCAAUGUGGACCUAGACGUCCAGCUGGACUCCCGGAUCGGCAUCGUCGGACCCAACGGCGCGGGCAAGACGACAAUCUUGAAGCUCCUGAUUGGGAAGCUGGAGCCACUCAAGGGAAUCGUCACGGCAAAUGCCCGACUGCGGAUUGGCUUCUUUGCACAACACCACGUCGACGCGCUGGAUCUGACCAUGAGCUCGGUGAGUUUCAUGGCCAAGAUGUACCCUGGCCGCACCGACGAGGAAUACCGACGACAGCUCGGUGCGUUUGGCAUCACAGGCACGACGGGCCUGCAGAAGAUGGGACAGCUCUCGGGUGGUCAGAAGUCGAGGGUCGCGUUUGCCUGCCUGGCCCUCACGAAUCCGCACAUUCUGGUGCUCGACGAGCCUUCGAAUCAUCUCGACAUUGAGGCCAUGGACGCCCUGGCGGAGGCGCUCACCGAGUUCCAGGGCGGUGUGCUGAUGGUGUCUCACGACGUCACCAUGCUGCAGAUGGUGUGUACGUCACUGUGGGUAUGCGACGGCGGAAUGGUUGAGAAGUUUCCCGGCGAUGUGCAGCAGUACAAGAAGAGGAUCGCGGCGCAGGCAGACGCGGCUGGUGUUGUCAAGGCCCAUUAG